GAUUAGCUAAAAAUCAAUCAUUAAUUCUAGUUCUCUUUUUGAGCCAUUCUCUAGCGGAACGAUACUCACUUACUCUAUACUAUAUCGUUACAAGCCAAUUAAAACAUCAUUUCCAUUCACAUUUUUACACCAUUUCACACUACACAUUUUGGCAUGUCACGAUUUUGGCGCCGUUGCCGGGGAAUGGCAUAGUUUUAUUGAUUGAUUAUUAGUUAAUAUUAGUGUUUGUUUUUAUUUAUUUGGAGACUAAGUGUUUUUAUUUCCUGUUAUCAUCACUUGUUUUUAGUUUCCAAUUGUAAAAAAAAAACAAAAAAAAAAAUAGUGUAUGCAUACUCGCUCUCAAGGGAGUGAAGGAUUGCAACCACUUAACCUUGAUUUUGAAAAAGAAUUAAGGAAAAGAAGAAAGGCCCAAAUCCUUGAACUUAAAAUUCCAAAUCAGAUCAUGGAGGACCUUCACAACAAUCCCAAUAAUCCAAAUAGCCAAAACCAAAUUUCAAAUCCAAAUCCUACGCCACCACAAAAUACCCCUAUAAAUACACCCAUUGAUACUCCUAGAGAUAGACAUAAUCCUUUCUUUGGAGAUCAAAGACCCCCUGGAUUUGAAAAUUUCCAACAAAUUCCUCCUCAAACACAACCCAACCCUUAUCCACCACACCCCUACCAAAACUACCAAAAUCACCAAAACCAACCUCCACCAUAUCCAUACACAUACCCUUAUCCUUACCCACCUCCUCCUUUUAUACACCCAUACCAACCUCACCCAUAUGGCCAAUACUACCAACACCCACAUAAUCAACAAGGUCAAGGCCAAUUCAUGAGACAACAACAAAAUGGCAGAAGACUUCUUGAUUAUGUUGCAGGUGAAAUUGAGGAACAAGAUAGCAUUCUCUAUCCAGGCGUGGAUGCAGUAAAUUUUGAGAUCAAACCAGCACUUAUCUCGUUGGUCUCAGCAAAUAAAUUUGGCGGAUCAAAGAAUGAAGAUCCGACGAGCCAUGUGAAGCAAUUCUUGAGAGUUCUCCAAACUCUUAAACUAAACGGAGCCUCUGUUGAUGCUAUCAGGCUCAGAUUGUUCCCAUUCUCACUGAGGGAUGAGGCAUUGAGUUGGUUGAACUCUAAACCAUCCGGUUAUUUCAACACAUGGGAGAAGUUGCAUAGAGAUUUCAUGAAGGAGUUCUAUCCUCCUUCUAAGGCAUCAAAAAUGAAGAAACUGAUCCAACAAUUCAGACAACAACCAUCAGAAUCUCUUUAUGAAUCAUGGAAGAGAUUUAAAGAUCUUCAAGUUCAAUAUCCACAUCAUAAUAUGAGCAUGGGUGAUCUCAUUGUCUCAUUUUAUGAGGGAUUACAUGAUAAUUCCAAAAUUGUUGUGGAUGCCUCUGCUAAUGGAGCUUUCAUGGAGCUUGAUCCCGAAACUGGAAAAGAGAUGCUUGAGAAAAUUUGCAACAACAGUUCAUCAUGGUAUUCUGAAAGAUCAACUCAAAAGCUAGGAGCAGGGAUUUAUGAGGUUGACCAAACAACAGCUUUAACAGCAAAGGUUGAUUCUCUCACAAACAUGAUCCAAAAGCUCACUGAGAAGCAAUCAUCAUCAACUUCUAGCAAAUCAACAAAUCCAUCAUCAUCUUUAGCUCAAGUUUUGUUCUGUGAACUCUGUGGAGGAGGGCAUUCUGCAAAGGAAUGCAAUCUUCUAGAACUUACACAAAACGUUCCUUCUGGCCCCACAGUAGAACAAGCCGAUGCUAUAUAUGGUAGACCUCAAGUACCAUAUCAAGGAAACUAUAAUCCUCAAGGGAAGACACAUCCAGGAUUUUCAUGGAGUAAUUCAUCAGGUGCAGCAAAUCCAUCUUUUCCAUCCAAACCAACACCUCCUGGAUUUCAAAAUCAGCAAGGAUUCAGAGGAAACCAAAACAACCAACAAUUGAGGGGAAAUCAAGGGUACCAAAAUCCUCAAGGUUAUCCACCGCAACAACAAUUGCCACCACCACAACAACAACAAUUCGUUGGAGUUAAUGAUUUCCAACAGAUGAUGCAAGGAAUUACUAAUCAAUUCUCUCAACUCACAACUCAACUCAAUCAAAUUCAAGCUCACAACAAAAUGUUAGAGAGCCAAAUUGCUAGUUUUGCUUCACCAUCAACUAGCAAAGCUCAAGGAAAGUUGCCUGCCUACUCUGAACAUCCCAAGGAGAAUGUCAAUGCAGUCACUACAAGGAGUGGAGAACAACUUUCUGAUCCACCACUUAUAGUUGAGAAAGAAAAGAUUCCUGAAAAGGAGGCUUCACCAUCAAAGGAAAAUAAUGAAGAAGAUCUUACUUCUUCUGCAAAUGAAGGUUUAAAAAAGGUAGUGCAACCAUAUGCUCCACCUUUACCAUUUCCUCACAGAGCAAAGAAGAAUACAAUUGAUGAGAGGAGGGAUAAAUUCCUUAAAUGGAUCGGUGAGUUGAACACAACAAUCCCGCUUCUUGAUGCUCUAAAACAUAUGCCUUCAUAUUCCAAAUUUCUGAAGGAAAUUCUGUCAAACAAAAAGAAGUUCGAGGAGAAAGCUACAAUAGCCAUGAGCGAGGGAUCCAGUGCUAUCAUUCAGAAGAAACUUCCUGAAAAAUUGAAGGAUCCAGGUAGCUUUACUAUACCAUGCAUAAUUGGAGGGUUCAUGGUCAACAAAGCUUUAUGCGACCUUGGGGCUAGUGUUAGCCUUAUCCCCUAUUCUAUGAGCAAGCGCCUUAGUCUUGGUAUUCCCAAGGCUACUUCAAUGACCAUUCAGCUUGCUGACCGAUCUGUUAAGCACCCUGUUGGUGUUCUUGAAGACAUUCCUGUACAGGUUGGGAAAUAUUUCAUCCCUUGUGACUUUGUCGUCCUAGACAUGGAUGAAGAUGAGCGAGUACCUGUCAUAUUGGGAAGACCUUUCUUGGCCACUGCCGGUGCCAUCAUUGAUGUUAAAAAAGGUACGUUAAUAAUUGAAGUGGGGGAUGAAAGGGUUGAAUUCAAUAUUUUCCAAAUGGCGAGAAAUCCUGCAUGUAUGGAAGAUUGUUGGAGGGUUGAUAUAGUUGAUGAAUGUGUGAGAGACUUCAUGGGAUUCUUUCACAAUGAUCCUAUGGAAGUUUAUGAUGUGGAGGAAAUUGAAAAUAAUCAUGAGGGAGAAGAGUUAGUUGAGUGUGUAAAAAACAAAGAGAGUUGUAAAAAGAAUCACGAGGGGAAGGAAGUGGUAAAACUGGUGAAAGAAGAAGUGAGGGAGGCUAACAACACAAAAGAACCACCCAAAAAUGAGUUGAAGCCUUUACCAUCACACCUAAGAUAUGCUUAUCUUGGUGAAAACUCCACUUACCCAGUGAUUAUUAGCACUAAGUUGAACGAGGAAGAAGUAGACAAACUAUUGACCCUGCUGAGAAAACACAAACGGAUCAUUGGAUACUCCAUUGAUGAUCUAAUUGGCAUCAGUGCUAACUAUUGUAUGCACAGAAUAUAUCUUGAGGAAGGUUGCAAACCAGUAGUUGAACAUCAAAGGAGGCUCAACCCUAACAUGAAGGAUGUUGUGAAGAAAGAAGUUAUCAAACUUCUUGAUGCCGGAAUCAUUUACCCUAUCUCGGACAGCAGAUGGGUAAGUCCAAUCCAUGUUGUACCAAAGAAAGGAGGUUUCACAGUUGUUCCAAAUGAGCACAAUGAGCUCAUUCCUACUCGUUUGGUCACGGGAUGGAGAAUGUGCAUCGAUUACAGGAGGCUGAACAAAGUCACAAAUAAGGAUCAUUAUCCUUUACCUUUCAUUGAUCAGUUGCUUGAAAGGAUGGCAAACCAUAGCCAUUAUUGCUUUCUAGAUGGAUUUUCAGGAUAUUUUCAAAUCAUGAUCCAUCCAGAUGAUCAAGAAAAGACUACCUUCACGUGUGCCUAUGGUACAUUUGCUUUUCGAAGAAUGUCAUUUGGCCUAUGUAAUGCACCCGGAACUUUCCAACGGUGUAUGAUGGCCAUAUUCUCUGAUCUUAUUGAAGAAAUCAUGGAGGUAUUCAUGGAUGAUUUCUCUGUUUAUGGGACCUCAUUUGGUUCGUGCUUGGAUAAUCUUGAUAAAGCACUGACUCGUUGCCAAGAGGCAAAUCUUGUUCUAAACUGGGAGAAGUGCCAUUUCAUGGUAACAGAGGGAAUUGUUCUUGGGCAUAAGAUUUCAUCCAAAGGCAUUGAGGUAGAUCCAGCAAAGAUCGAAGUGAUUGAGAAGUUACCACCACCAACAUCUGUUAAAGGCAUCCGAAGUUUUCUAGGGCACGCCGGAUUCUAUCGGCGAUUCAUCAAGGAUUUUGCUAAUAUUGCAAAACCACUCACAAGACUCCUGUCCAAAGAGGUUGAGUUUAUCUUUGACGAUGCUUGUCUUAAUUCCUUUUGCAAAAUUAAGAAAGCAUUAUGUUCUGCACCUGUCAUUCAACCACCAGAUUGGAGCAUGCCUUUCAUCCUAAUGUGCGAUGCUAGUGACUAUGCUGUAGGAGCCAUGUUGGGACAGAAACAAGGUCGGUGCAUACAUGCAAUUUAUUAUGCAAGCCAUACUCUCGAUGAUGCCCAACAAAACUAUGCCACAACAGAAAAAGAACUACUCGCUGUUGUCUUUGCAAUAGAGAAGUUCAGGUCAUAUCUUGUUGGAAGCAAAGUGAUAGUCUACACUGAUCACUCGGCUCUAAAGUACCUGUUUGCGAAGAAGGAGGCCAAGCCACGACUUAUUAGAUGGGUGUUGCUACUACAGGAGUUUGAUAUUGAGAUCCUUGACAAAAAAGGGUCUGAAAAUGUCAUUGCUGAUCACCUGUCCAGAAUUGAGCCACACACAGAAAAUGAAGCGACUAAAGUGUUACCCAUUGAUGAUUCAUUCACGGGAGAAUAUUUACUCUCAAUCAAGCACUUUUCUCCUUGGUAUGCUGAUUGGGUUAAUUACCUUGUCAGUGGUUAUAUUCCUUCUGAAUUCUCAUGGGCCCAAAAGAAAAAGUUCUUACAUGAUGCUCGCUCCUAUUUUUGGGAUGAACCACUAUUGUUCAAGAGAUGUGCUGAUGGAAUUGUUCGAAGAUGCAUCCCAGAAGAUGAAUUUGAGGCUAUCCUUUAUCAUUGUCAUUCAUCACCAUAUGGUGGUCAUUUCGGAUCCACUAGGACUUCAGCUAAAGUCCUGCAGUCAGGUUUCUAUUGGCCUACAUUGUUCAAAGAUUCUCAAAUGUAUGUGAAAAGAUGUGAUCGAUGCCAACGCACGGGAUCAAUUGGUCGUCGAAAUGAAAUGCCACAAUCUGGAAUACUUGAAGUUGAACUCUUCGAUGUAUGGGGAAUGGACUUUAUGGGCCCAUUUCCUAGCUCAUGUGGCAAUUCUUACAUUCUUGUGGCGGUGGACUAUGUCUCGAAAUGGAUUGAAGCGAUUGCUAGUCCAACCAAUGAUUCCAAGGUUGUGAUCCGGUUUGUAAAGAAAUUUAUUUUCUCAAGGUUUGGAGUUCCCAGGGCCUUCAUCACAGAUAAUGGUACACACUUUUGCAAUAAACAACUUGAGAAACUUUUGCUCAAGUAUGGUGUUAAUCACAAAGUGUCUACUCCGUACCAUGCACAAACUAGUGGCCAAGUUGAACUCUCAAAUAGGGAAAUUAAAUCAGUCCUUGAGAAAGUUGUCAAUCCCACAAGGAAAGAUUGGUCCCUCCGAUUAGAUGAUGCUUUAUGGGCUUAUCGUACUGCAUAUAAGACUCCCAUUGGGACAUCGCCGUUCAAAUUGGUGUAUGGGAAGUCUUGUCACUUACCAGUGGAGAUUGAACACAAAGCAUUUUGGGCUAUCCAAAGCCUAAACCUUGACUACACUCUGGCAGGGAAAAAGAGGCUACUACAAUUGAAUGAACUUGAAGAAUUCAGACUUGAUGCCUUUGAGAAUGCCCGACUUUACAAGGAAAGAGCAAAGAAAUGGCAUGACGGAAGAAUCCUUAGGAGAGACUUUUCUCCUGGGGAUAGUGUGCUACUAUUCAACUCAAGGCUGAAACUCUUUCCAGGAAAGCUGAAAUCAAAAUGGUCUGGACCUUUCAAAGUUAUCAAAGCCUUUCCAUCUGGGGCAAUCAUUCUGGAGGCCAAUGAUGGGAGGCAAUUCACUGUUAAUGGCCAAAGAGUUAAGCAAUACCAUGAAGGAGAUGACACAAAGGAGAAACUCACUGUUCAUCUGGAUGAUCCUCCUUACGAGUAAACCACCCAGGUAAUGUCGGGCACUCGACGUUAAAAAUAGCGCUUCUUGGGAGGCAACCCAAGCUUAUUUACUUGCAUUUGAAUGUGUGUUUUGCUUGUGUGUUUGCAUUGAAUAAUUUUAUUUUCCCACCCAUUUACUCACCCGCCCUGUAUAUAUUUGUCACAUCGAGGACGAUGUUUCGUCUUAAGUGUGGGGGGAGAAUAUGCAUGUUUGUGUGUUUGUGAACUGCCUUAUCAAUUUGUAUAACUUUCAAAUCAUGCAUUCUAUUCUUUCACAAGGUACGUGGAUUGUUGGCGGGACUUGUCUCUUAAUAAUUGGAUUGAGAAUCAUAAUUUUUGAGCGUUGAGUAAAAUUUUGGUCAAAAUUUUAAACUUUUUACAAACACAAAACCUCUCAUGCACAUAAAUGGUUAUCUAGUGAAUUGUUGUUCAAUAUGUUUAAAAUUGUGCAAAACAAGAGUGCUAUGUGCUUUUAUUUUCCUUGACAUGAUUUUCUGACUUAGCACAUUAGGAAAUGAUAUAGGCCAUUUUUCAUAAACCCAUAUACCUAGCCUUACCCAUGUGAUUAAUAUCCCUUGUUCACCCCCUUUGAGCCAUUUUUUUUUAAUAAGCGUUAUACGCUUAACCCUGUUUUUUUUUAUUUUCUUUCAUAAAAACCUGUUAUAUGUGACCCUUAGCCUAAAAGCCAAACACUUUCCAACCACCCUAAAAUGGCUUGCAUAAAUUUUAAUGAGUUUAGAGAGUGUCAUUCACAUUUAGGGAGCUUUAAUAAUUACAUUUUUGUGAUUACUUAGUUGUUAAUAUUCAUUUAUAGGGGUAUUUGUUCUUGUUGUAUCAUCAUUGUACAUAUUGUUCUUGUAAAUUCUUAUGGUUAGAAGCACUAAAAAGCCUUGAAAAAAAACAAAAAAAUUAAAAAAAAAAAACAAAAAAAAAGUCAAAAAAAAAAUAAACAGAAAAAAGGAAAAAAAAAAAGAAUAAAAAAAAAAAUCUAAACAAGGCUAAUUAUCCAUGUAUAUGCUUCUCUCUUUUGUAUAUUUUUUUUUGUACAUUAAUUUACUCUUUUUACUAGUUACUAGUUUACUACCCCUAACUAUUAAAAAUAACAAGUGUUGUAUAGAUUAUUGUCAAAAGCUCCUACUCACUACUUAAUACCUCUCUAAAUUUGUUAAAUUUAUGUCAAGUUCAUUUCUUUUGUUUCCUCAUUAAUUCCCUUUGUUCAUAAGCCUUAUCCCACAGACCCCAUUAUAACCCUAUGUGAAAGUCCUAAUUGAUCCUAAUUAUGUUUUGUCUGAAAUAAGUUGAUAGGAAAAUCUUAUUUUGCAUAAUUUUGCAUGAUUGAACAAAUGAAGCUAGAUUCCAUCUUCACACCACACACUUUGUGUUUGUUAGAGUUGAGAUUUGACCAAAACGUUUCAAAUGAUAUGCAAAAUAUUUUUAUGAUUCUCACUACUCUAAUUUUGUGACAAGUCAAGGGAAUUUGAUUGACCAGGUGGAGUGAAGGUAAAGUGUGCAUGAUUUGAGGAUUACACAUAUGAUUUGGCAAUUCAUUUUUGCUUGCUUGCUUGCUUGUGUGAAAUGCAUAUAAAUAUUUUUGCUUGAGGACAAGCAAAAUCUUAAGUAUGGGGGAGUUGAUGUACUCCUAAUUUACCAUAUUUAUGAUCUUGUUUUGUCACACUUUUAAUACUUUAUUUCUCAUUUUUAAAUAAAAAGGAAUGCUCUUUAUCAUUUUGGACAUUUUAAGGUAUUGCACUUGUUUUGGUAUAUUUUUGAGUUUCAGGAUAAUUCGGGACGAAUAUUAAUUUCUGAAAAGAAAUAAAUAUUACUCCCGAAUGAAGACGGAAAAAUCAUCAAAGUGAAGUGGGUUCUUACUUUAACUCCGGAAUAUUUUAUCAAGAGUCCCGAAAUACAUUUUAGAAUAAGUCAGACUGUCCGCAAUAAAACGUACCGGUUAAUUGCUGACCAGUUAACUGAUCAAACAAUUAACCGGUCAAAUAAUGCAAGUGGCGGAUACAAGCCAAAACUUUGGCUGACAGGUACUAUUCACUCCUUAUUAUGAGUGAAACUCCAUACGUAGGAAGCUCCCAAGAAUGAAAAGAAAUAAAUACAUUGCAUUAUGAGAGGGACCCAUUCAAUAGUGAUGACUUUAGUUUCUUCCACACAAUUGAAGCUCUACACACGUAUCAUCUUCACCAUUCAGCAACAAACCAAAAGAAGCUCAAUCAAAGUUCAUGACAGGCGCCGCAGAAGAAGAAAAAUGAGUCCAGAGCACUAUUCUUCAAUAGGAACUCAAUUCCAUCACCAUCUUCAUCAUAUGACUUUUGUGCUCCAAGCUAUUCUGAAGUUGCCUAUAUAAAGAGCCAUUUGGGAGCUGCGAAAACACACCAAUUCAGAGAGGAAUCAUCCUCUUCUUUCUUUAGCUUUGUUCAUAGUAGUAGCAAUAAAAUAAAAGUGAUUCUGCCAAGAACACUUUCUGUAUAGAUUUCAGUUUGUAAUUCUCAGUUCCAAAAUAUUAGCUUGUGAUAUUUGGUAUUAAAGUUCAUUUGCAAUUAUCAGUUCGUUCGAUCAGUUCCAGAUUAAUACAAGGACUUCAGCUUUUCUGUUCCAGUUCAUCUAUGUUCUUCAUUAUUUAUGCCUUCAGAAACGUGUCAGUUUCUCGAAGGGAAGACGAGAUAUUAAACCGGAGAAGAUGGAACUAGUUCACACUGACUUUUGGGGACCUGCAGAAGUUACAUCCUUGGGAGGAUCCGCCUAGUACAUGACCUUUAUUGAUGAUGCCACAAGAAAGGUAUGAGUUUAUUUCCUCAAAAAUAAAUCUUAUGCCUUUGAUGCUUUUAGAAGGUGGAAAGCUCUUGUUGAGACAGAGACAAGUCUGAAAUUGAAGUGUCUUCGGUCUGACAAUGGAGGUGAGUAUGAACUGCAUGAGUUCAAGAAGUUUUGUGUUGAAAAUGGGGUUCGUAUGGAGAAAAUAACAAAGGGGACUCCGCAGCAUAAUGGCGUUGCUGAACGCAUGAACAGAACACUGAAUGAGCGGGCUAGAUGCAUGAGGUUGAAGAGUGGCUUACCGAAGAUGUUUUGCGCGGAUGCAAUGAACACCUCGGCUUUUCUCAUCAACAGAAGUCCAACGAUCUCGUUGGAUAAUGACAUACCUGAAGAAAGAUAGACGGGUAAGGAGGUCAAUUUGUCCUAUCUCCGCAUAUUUGGUUGUGUUGCUUACAUUCAUAUUAGUUCCACUGACCGAAGCAAGCUAGACACAAAAUCUGUGAAGUGUACGUUCGUUGGAUAUGGGGGUGAUGACUAUGGAUACAGAUUCUGGGAUGAUCAGAAUAGGAAGAUUAUUCGUAGCCGUGAUGUGGUCUUCAACGAGCAGGUUAUGUACAAGGACAUAUUGAGUGCACCUGAUUCUGAGCAAGAAAGUCCGAAGACCAUAGAGUUGGAUAUCUCUAAUUCGGGUGGGAGCAAGAACGAUCAUAAUGAAGAGUUGAGUAGUGAUGAAGAUCCAUCAACCCCACCAAGGCAGCGGCCUGCCAGAAACCGGAGAGCACCAAAUGGGUAUUCACCUUCUAAUUUCUAUUUGUUCCUUAUUGAUGGUGGUGAACCGGAGUCCUAUGCAAAGGCAAUUCGGGUUGAUGACAAGGCCAAGUGGAAACUUGCAAUGGAUGAUGAGAUGGCAUCUCUCACAUCCAAUGAUACUUAGAGGUUAGUUGAGCUAUCGAGAGGAAAGAAGGUUUUGCACUGCAAAUGGGUCUACCACAUCAACAAGGAGGCAGAUGGUAGAAAACGCUACAAAGCUAGGCUGGUUGUGAAGGGAUUCGAUCAACAGUAUGGUAUCGAUUAUACCGACAUAUUCUCUCCAGUUGUGAAAUUAACUAUUAUUCGGUUAGUGUUGGGGUUAGUUGCUGCAGAGAAUUCGUUGUUACAUCAGAUGGAUGUGAAGACUGCAUUCCUUCAUGGUGAUCUGAAUGAUGAGAUUUACAUGGUGCAAACGGAAGGCUACGUGGCAGAGGACAGUGAACAACUCGUAUGUAAGCUAGUGAAGAGCCUAUACGGGUUGAAGCAGGCACCGAAGCAGUGGUACAAGAAAUUUGAUGGUUUCAUGAGCUAGGGACAUAAUUUUCUUGAGAUGCCACACCGAAAAUUGUUGCUACUACAAGAAGACCGAGAACUGUUAUCUUAUCUUGCUGUUAUAUGUUGAUGAUAUGUUGAUUGUAGGAGCUAGUUCAAAGGAGAUUAAGAAGCUAAAGAAACAGUUGUCAGAACGUUUUUCCAUGAAGGAUCUUGGAGAGGCAAAGCAGGUUUUGGGCAUGCGAAUCGAGAGGGAUGAGGCAGCGGACAAAUUGUUUCUUUCACAGGCAGAAUACAUUCAGAAGGUCCUGGAAAGAUUCAGAAUGCAAGAUGAAAAGGUAGCAAGUGUACCACCGGGUAGUCACUUCAAGCUUAGCAAGGAAGACUCGCCGAAGAACAAGGAGGAUCGUGCUUAAAUGCAGAAUGUCCCAUACGCUUCGACAAUUGGCAACAUCAUGUACCUAUGGUGUGCACGAGGCCAGACAUUGCACAUGCAGUGGGAGUAGUGAGCAGAUACAUGGGAGACCCCGAGAAAAAAAACUGGGAAGCUGUAAAGUGGAUCAUGAGGUAUUUGAAAGGUACUAUUUCUAAUGCUUUGUGUUUUGAUGGGAAGAAUGUAGAGCUGCUGGGACAUGUUGAUGCAGACUUGACAUCAAAUGAUUCAGAUGGAUUAAGGAGCACCACCGGGUAUGUUUUUACAUUUGGUGGAACGGCAGUUUCCUGGCUUUUGCAGCUGCAGAAGAUUGUUGCAUUAUUUACCACUAAAGCUGAAUAUGUGGCCAUUACGGAGGCAAGUAAGGAGAUGGUGUGACUUCCAAAUUUACUUGGGGAACUUGGGAAGGAGUACAUGAAUAUCAUUCUUUACAGUGACAUCAGAGUGCUAUUUUCUUGGCAAACAACUCAGCUUUUCACAAGAGAACCAAACACAUUCGAUUGAAGUAGCACUACAUCUGUCAUCUUCUAGAGAUAGAGGCAUUGCAGUUUGUGAAGAUCCGUGGGAGUGAGAAUCCAACAAGCAUGUUUACUAAGGUGGUAACCUUGGAGAAAUUGAAGCUUUGCAUAGCUUCAAUUGGCCUUGGUACUUGAAGAUAAAGGCUGACGCUACCAUGCUAACAAGGGAGGAUUUGAAGAAGACAGUCUCAAGAUGGGAGAUUGUAAGGUGUUAGAGAUUGUAUAGUGAAGUUUUUCUUAAUUUAUUUUUGGAAACACGUUUCUUAAUUUAUUUUUUUAAACGCAUCCUAGUUGCCUUGGGGUUGGGUUUUACUUCUCUAUAAAUACAAGUUCUCUCCCUUGUAAUCAUGUGUGGAUCCGAAAAUAGCAAUAAUAUUCCU